GGGCAACUCAUGAGGCUUAAAUAAUCACUCACCCUGCCGUUUACCCACAGCCUUUGCUUUUUUGAGACAUCGCCAUCUCAAGUCCUCGGCCGAGUGCCUAUCGGAGACCAACAUCUCGAACAUAUAAUACUACAAUAGCCAGUAUCACAAGACAUCACUGUCUGUCGAUAUCAAACUAACAACCCUUCGUCUAAUCAUACCAACAAAUCACCAUGCACGCCACACAGCUCCUGUCACUGGCUGUCGCCGCCACGGUGACCUUGGCCCAGACCAACACCAACGGCAGUUCCACAUCGCUGACCGCCGCGUUGGCAGCCCAGCCAGAUCUGUCCAACAUGAUCGCCUUGCUCAGCACACAGCCGACCUUCAUGGCCCAGCUGUCGCUCGCCCAGAAUGUCACCUUCCUGGCGCCCAGCAAUAAUGCUCUCGACGACUUCCUGAAUGGACCCAACGCCACGCCUCUGAACAGGACCAGUCCCCUUGGCGUCGCUGCCCUCCUCAGCUACCACGUCCUGAACGGCACCUUUUACGACUCGGAGAUCAACGACGACAGCAGGGUUGUCAACACGGCCCUCAAUCUGGCCCCGUACUCAAACAUCACUGGUGGCCAGCGUAUUAGCUUCAGGCGUCAGGAUGGCAAUGCCACCUUCUUCUCUGGUCUGAUGGAGAUGUCGAGUGUGACCACGCCUAACAUCAACUACACGGGCGGUGUCAUCCACGUCAUCAACCGCGUCCUGACUCUCCCCAUUAACGACACCCGCACCCUUUCGGACCUGAACUUGACAUCCGCUGCUGGUGCCUUGCGCCGCGCCGACUUGAGCACCCGCCUCGACCGCCUGCGCGACGUGACCAUGUUCAUCCCCAACAACGAUGCCUUCAACAUGGUGGGAAGCUCUUUCGAGGACUCCAAUAUGUCGGCUAGCCAGCUGUCUCAGGUUCUGCAGUACCACAUCGUCCAGGGCUCGCGUCCAUUUUACACCAGCGCCCUCGGAAACACCAGCCUGACCACCCUCAACGGCGCCAGGCUGACUUUCACCAACACGAGCAACGGCCUGUUUGUCAACUCGGCCAAGAUCAUCUCGCCCAACGUCCUGACCAACAACGGCGUCAUCCACAUCCUGGACAACGUCCUCAACCCCAACAACGUCGACGCCCGCCCCGACCCCUCAGCCACCAGCGGGUCGCCCAUGUUUAGCGGCGCCACGCCCGCCACCAGCGGCGUCCCCUACACUUCGGGCGUCUCUCCGGCUCCUGGCUCAUCCCCCACGGGUGGAAACGGUGGUAAUGGCGGCAACGGCGGCAACGGCGGCAACGGUCAAGGUUCGGAGCCUGCCCGCGGUGCUGCCGCCCCCAUGCAGACCGGCAUCAUGGGUGUCGCUGCUCUGUUUGGCGGUGCUGCCAUCCUUGCCAACCUGUAAAAGAAAGUAAAGUGAAAACGGGAGACACAAUGACUGAAACAUGGGGGGACCUUUCAAGGGGUGUAAUGGAAGUACUUGAAGAGCAUCAGCGACGUUAGUAGAGGUUGCUUUAUACCAUUUGUACUAUAUUAAUGUCUUUUUAUCAAUCAACGAAGG